ACUUCAGCUAGCGAGUGUGUUCUGGUGACCAUGUUGGCGGCGAGAGCUCAGGCGCUGAAACGCCUCAAGAAACAGCAUCCAUUCGUGGAGGAAGGAGUGCUGCUCAGCAAGCUGAUGGCGUAUUGCAGCAAGGAGGCACACUCGUGUGUCGAGAAGGCGGCAAUGAUCAGCUUUGUCAAGCUAAGGAUUUUAGAGCCGGACGACAAGUGUAGUCUUCGUGGCGCCACUCUGAGACAGGCAAUGGAAGAAGAUGAAGCGAUGGGAUUGAUCCCCUUCUUCGUGUCCACUACUCUAGGCACCACGUCCUGCUGCUCAUUUGACAACCUUCCGGAGAUCGGCGCCGUCUGCGAGAGGUUCCCCUCGGUUUGGUUGCACGUGGACGGGGCCUACGCAGGCAACGCAUUCAUCUGUCCUGAGCUGAAACCUCUUCUAGCAGGUAUCGAGUAUGCCGACUCCUUCAACACUAAUCCCAAUAAGUGGCUCCUGACCUGCUUCGACUGCUCCACUCUCUGGGUUCGGGACAGAAUCAGGUUGACUUCCGCCCUCGUGGUGGAUCCACUGUACCUCCAACAUGGCUACUCCAACAGCACCAUCGACUACCGCCACUGGGGCGUUCCACUUAGCCGUCGCUUCCGCAGUCUCAAACUAUGGUUUGUCAUGAGGAGCUACGGUAUUUCCGGUCUUCAGGCGUACAUCCGGCUGCACAUCCGGCUCGCCAAGCAGUUCGAGCAGCUCGUUAGGCAGGAUGGAAGGUUCGAGGUUUGCAACGAGGUCAAGGUCAGUGUCAUCAAUCUUAAAAUACCGUAUACGAUACCAUUUUAA